CAUGAGCGGCAACAGCCUCGCGCCCGGAGCCACAAGUGGACGCUGUUAACGACAGAUGGGGUCAUUAUAGUGUACCGUGUCUACUGCGCUCGAACAGUCGGAAUAAAUAACACGGGUCAUGUAGUCUUCGGCAGUGCUGAGGGCGGUUAGCGUGGUGGAGCGCGGUCCGCUGGCGAUAUUUAUUCUCUCUCUCGCUGUCUCUCCCCGUCUCUCUCUCUCUCUCUUGAUAUUUCCUGGACGGUACGAGCGAGACUUAUUCAGCAAGUGUUGUAUUUAUGACUCCUCGGUGGGCUGGGUUGGAGACAUGCACCCUCCAUCCAGAAAGGACUACGUCUCUGUAACCUUCACUGAACCGGCCCGCGGCACUUACAACAACAGCAAGCAGUUGCGUAGGCAGUCGUGCUGGAGGAAAUGGAAACAGCUGUCCAGGUUGCAGCGGAGCCUCAUCCUCUUCACCUUGGCUCUGUUGCUGAUUUGUGGAAUUGUUUCUUAUCCAGCUGUUACCGAACACCUCCGAGGCCUCGCCGUUGCAGAGCAGGAGAAGGAGAGAGGAGGUGACCUUAGGCCUGUCGUUCCCCAUGUGUUACCUGAGCCUGUGAAAGAAGGCAGAGCCCUCCGGCCAGAAAUCUCCUCCCAGACGCAGAAGAGAUUACCCUACAAACGGGGACCACCCGCCCUGCAGAACCGCUUGCAGAAAAAAGAAAAUGCCUCCAAUACGCUGGUGGAGGGAGACAAGGAGCCAGGUGGCAAGAAAGAGGUGGAAGAUGGGGGAGUCAUCAGCUGGCAUGGGGCUGUGAUUGAAACUGACCAAGAAACCAAGGACUCGAAGGCAGUGGGAAAUAAGGAGAAUUUACCUGCCAGCCAACCAGAAAAAUCUCCUGGGGAGUCAGAAUAUGGUAGGUUGGAAGCAGUGCAGGAAGCUUUCAGACAUGCGUGGAAAGGCUACAAGGACUUUGCCUGGGGCCAUGAUGAGCUCAGGCCGAUUUCCAAGUCUUACGGAGAGUGGUUUGGCCUCGGCCUGACACUUAUUGAUGCCCUGGAUACCAUGUGGAUCCUGGGGCUGAAAGAUGAGUUUGAUGAAGCCAAGAAAUGGGUGGCCACAGAGCUCUCAUUCAACAAGAAUGUAGACGUCAACUUGUUUGAAAGCACCAUCCGCAUUCUGGGAGGCCUCCUCAGCACUUACCAUCUGACCGGAGACCCACUGUUCCUGGAUAAGGCUAAAGACAUUGGCUCCAGGUUGAUGCCAGCUUUCAACACCCCAUCUAAAAUCCCCUACUCUGAUGUCAAUAUCGGAAAGGGUACGGCACACCCUCCCAGAUGGACCUCAGACAGCACGGUGGCCGAGGUCACCAGCAUCCAACUGGAGUUCAGAGAGCUCAGCCGCCUCACUCAAGACCCUCAGUAUCAGGCUGCGGUGGGAGAGGUGAUGGGGCAGGUUCACAAGCUGGACGGUAAGCUGGACGGCCUUGUGCCCAUGUUUAUCAACACCAAUAGUGGACAGUUCACCCACCAGGGGAUCUACACCCUGGGUGCCAGGGCUGACAGCUAUUAUGAAUACCUGCUGAAGCAGUGGAUUCAAGGAGGCAAGAAGGAGGACCAGUUCCUGGAGGACUACCUACAGGCAAUGGAGGGCAUCCAGAAAAACCUGUUACAGCACUCUUCACCCAACAGGCUCACCUUUGCUGGAGAGUUGUCCCAUGGACAGUUCAGCCCUAAAAUGGACCACCUAGUGUGCUUCUUACCUGGGACACUGGCUCUGGGGGCACAUAAUGGCCUCCCUGCCGAGCACAUGGAGCUUGCCAAACAGCUGAUGGAGACUUGCUACCAGAUGUAUGCCCAGAUGGAGACAGGCCUCAGCCCAGAGAUCGUCCACUUCAACAUGCACCAGGGCAGCACAAAUGACCUGGACGUAAAGCUUGCUGACAGACACAACCUCCUGCGACCAGAGACUGUGGAGAGCCUGUUUUACCUGUACAGGUUCACCAAGGACAGGAAGUACAGGGACUGGGGCUGGGAAAUUCUGCAGAAUUUCAACAAGUACACAAAGGUCUCUUCUGGCGGUUACACCUCUAUAAACAAUGUGCGCGACCCAGAGUACCCCAGUCCCAGGGACAAGAUGGAGAGCUUCUUCCUGGGCGAGACUCUUAAAUACUUGUUUCUACUCUUCUCCGACGACCCCAACCUCAUCAGCCUGGACCAGUAUAUCUUCAACACGGAGGCCCAUCCCCUGCCCAUAUGGCCUGCCAUUGAAUGAAAUCCGUGCACGCUCUGUAACUCGGAUAACCAAUAUCAGCUCACACGUAUGAUCACACACUCAAACACAUCUCAGGGGUUGGCUAACACAAAGAUACAUCUCUAAAAUUACUUCUCUGAUCUCUGACUGAAAUGUUGGAUGCAACACGAAGCUAGUUCACAACUUGAAAAAAAAAAUCCUGUGUAUUAAUGACAUUUUGUUUGGCUGAAAAUAUUUAUGCUAAAAGCCAUGGACAAAAAGCAAAGCCGGGCUCAGAUUUCGGUAUGGCCUUGUUAUUUCCUCGUGUUGUCUGUCCUCGUCAUAUGGACUUCUGAGUGUUGUGUCCGUGCUGGAGUGAGAACGGGGAAAGCCUGUCCAUCUUUUCUAACCAGUCAGGCAGCCUCCGUAACCCCGGCAUGUGCUGCGCUAUCAGGGUGGAACAGCAGCCUGGCUGUUACUUGUACUUCAGCUGUGUCUUAAUUGUGUGAUGAUGGCGGGGGGAGCGGGGUGUCUGAAGUGCCCUUGAGCACUUCAGGUGAAGGUGUGUCCCAACCACCUCCACCUGCCCCCCUCCUCUGGUGUAAUGUGUUUUACAGGAAUAUGCUGGGAAGUGACUGCCUGGCAGUGACUGCCAUCGACAUGCCUACGCUUUUCUAAGACAGAGAAAAUAAGGGGAACCUUUUUUUAGUUGGGACGCCCAAUGACCCCGAAAUUAUUUCAGUCAUCACAAGCCCCAGGAUUUUGUACUGUGAAACUUUUCUUUUGCGGGAAGAGUGUGAGCACUUAGCAUUUGUUAUUUUCCUUGAUGCAGCUGCUAUUCCUUUAUUGAAUGUUCCUUUCUGUUCUCAUAAGUUAUUUUGAGCUGGCUUGAGUAUAUAUGUGUUCCCUAUAGUGAGAAAACUGUACAUGGUGAGUUUAUAUGAUUCUAGCUUAAUUUAACUGAAUAAUAGUAUAUAUGAUUCUUAUAGUGGUUUUGGUGGAUUUCGCGGUAGACUGAAUUACCAUUGUGGGUUUCUGCCUCAUGAUUUGGAGUAGUCUUAGCUGCAGAUCAGAUUUCCAUCAUUUCUGUAAGAUACCACUGGGUAACAGUGAAGCUGUAUUUGUAUUGGCUUUAAAGAAUUUGUGAGACCAAAUUCCCCCAUCCUGUGUUUUUUCCAGAAUGUCUGUCUCGGUGUAGUCUCACGUGUGCCUUCAGUGUUGCUUCAGAUAACCUUCUGCAGACAGCUGUUCACUGUCCAUGUCGAGAUUUGUUCAAGUGAUCAGUGCAGAAAUGAAUAUUUUUACAUAUUCACAGGAUCGUUAGUCAGCAUUCCCUCAGAGCAGUCACUCAGUUUAUCUGUGUUUUUAAAUCCGAAUGUGCAAGUAAUCCCUCCAUCUUCAUCCAUAUCCUCUCUUCCAUGUACAUACUUACAUCACCCUCGUCGUCGUUCAGGAUCACUGGAACCGUUUGGCACUAUUCCCGAGCCAAAGAUUUACUGAAAAAAUCCAUCGUUGAUGAUUGGUUCUCCUUACAAUACCGAAUAUAACAGCUAUUUUUCAAAAGCCAUUUCUUUCCAAAACAUAAAAAUAUAUUUUGAUACCACAUUCGGAAGAAAUUUUUUCUGACUUUGUCAACACAGUGGCCAAAUACGCUUUUUCAGAUGUAGGCUUAGGAUACUCUUGGCUAAGAGGUUGUCGAUACUAAUGGCAAAGAAUGAUGGGAAAUAAUUUUUAUGGCGGUAUUUUUCAGAAAUCCCUUGAAAGGUCAUUUGGUGUUGGAAGAAAUAACAGCCCAGGGCUUUUACUCUG